GCCGCCAUUUUGUUUGUGCGGACAGAAACAGGAGGAGAUAACCGAGAGAAGGAGCGACUCCGGCUGCCGAGGUCUGCCGCUCCGGGAACCGCCGGUGGAGGAGGAACGCGCGGCCACAUCCCGUCCGUGUUACCGGGGACAGAGAGGAAGGGUCGCCGGGGAGGAGGACCAGAAGACGGCGGCGGCGGAGGGAAAAGCCAGCGGACCGACUGCCUUCUUGGUCUGGGAACAUAAAGGAAUCUGUGGCAGGGAGAUGUCUGCUCAGUUUCCAUUUUGCAGCGACACACUCCUGGAGCGGUUCAGGUGUGAAGUAGAGGGUUUCUCCGCCGGCGAUGGCGGGCAGGACUGCGUGCACCAUGGAGGACGGAUCUUGGGACAGUCUAGCGUCGUAGAGGAGGCUACAUGAGGUUGUCAGAGGGCCGCACGCUUGCCUUUUUGCCGACUCCACGUUCCCACCUCCUCCACCUCAAAUCUGUGAAGAAACGAAAUCUCCGCCAGGGGAGGGGGACUGAUAUCUGCAGAGAGGACUGAACCGAGAGGGAAGGAGUCCAGUCCCGCUGUCUUCUCCCCUACCGUCCCCCGAGCGGUGGGGGACCGAUCAGAAGACCUGCUUUCAGGCACAAGGAGACACAAAUUAGGGGACAUACGUUCGCCCUCCGUGGACCUACUGCAUUUUUAAUUCGUCAAAAAUAUGGCCGAUAAUGUCCUGGAUUCCGGCCCGCCUUCAGCCAAGAGGCCCAAGCUGUCCUCUCCGGCUCUCUCCGUGUCUGCCAGUGAUGGAAAUGAUUUUGGUUCGUUCUUUGACCUGGAGCACGACCUCCCCGAUGAGCUGAUCAGCUCCUCGGACCUGGGUCUGACCAACGGAGGGGAUGCCAGCCAGCUCCAUACCAGCCUCGGAGGUAUCGGAGGAGGGCUUGGUUUGGGAGGAGGCCAGGAUGCAGCUGCCAAACACAAACAGCUGUCUGAACUCUUGCGAGCUGGAGCCCCAGGACAGCAGGGUGGCCCCAAUUCCAACAGCAACGCACCUGGGGCUUCCAUGGGGAUGAUGGGGGCUUCCCAGGGUGGACCUCAAGCCAUGCCCCCCCAGGGCCAGCAGCAGCAACCUGGAUUAAUGCAGCAGGUUGGGAUGGUUGGAGGGAUGGCCGCUCACAAUCGAGCAGCUUCCAUGAUGGGUAACCAGAAGGGUAACACUGGACAGCAGGGGCUGAUGGGGGGGCAGGUGAUGAAUGGCUCGCCGAGAAUGGGUUACCCUGGCAAUGGAGGCAUGGGCAACAGUAGUAACCUGUUGGCUGAAACCCUGCAGCAGGGGCCAAUGGGACCAGGGGGUCAAGCAGGGAUGAGACCACAGCAACCUGGAGCACUGAACAAGAUGAAUAUGAUGGCCAAUGCGGGCCCCUAUGGUGGUCCGUACGGCCAAUCUGCUGGCCAGGGGCUGCCUGGAGCCGGGCUGGGCCCGCAGCUCCAGAAUAAGGCAGGCCUGCCCAACAAUAUGGCCAAUCAGUUCAACAUGGAGAAGAAGGGGCCACCGGGCCAAGGCAUGCCUGGGAUGCCCUCUCAGCAGCAGCAACCUGGAGCAGUUGGCGGCGUCGGUGGAGCAUCAGCAGCAGUGGGGGGGCCGCAGGUUGGGCUCAAUGUUGUAGGGGCAGGUCCCGGCGCAGCGCCUCCUACUGCAGACCCUGAGAAGCGGAAGCUAAUUCAACAGCAGCUGGUGCUCUUGCUCCAUGCGCACAAGUGCCAGCGGAGGGAGCAAGCCAACGGCGAAGUGCGACAGUGCAACCUGCCGCACUGCCGCACCAUGAAGAAUGUGCUGAACCACAUGACUCAUUGCCAGGCUGGCAAGUCCUGCCAGGUGGCACACUGUGCCUCAUCCAGACAGAUAAUCUCUCAUUGGAAGAAUUGCACGCGACAUGACUGUCCUGUAUGCCUGCCAUUGAAAAACGCUGGAGACAAGAGGAACCAGCAGUCGCUCCUCAACAGUGCAGGGGUGGGUCUGGUGAACUCUUUAGGUUCAGGGGUGCCAGGUGGACAGUCCAAUACGCCCAAUCUGAACCCCCCUAACCAGAUUGAUCCCAGCUCCAUAGAGAGGGCCUACGCUGCGCUGGGUCUCACUUACCAGGGAAACCAGAUGCCGCAGCAACAAUCGACCAACAUGCCAAACCAAGGGCUGCAGGGGCAGCCUGGAAUGAGGACUCUAAACAUGGGAGCAAACUCUAUGGGAGUGAAUGGUGGAGUGGGAGUGCAGUCCCCCAACCAGUCGACACUACUGCCAGAUGCCAUGUUGCACAACAACAUGAAUGUACAGAGUUUGAUGAAUGAUAGUUUGGGGAGCCUGGGAUCCAUGCCCACAGCAACCCCUCCUUCGUCUGCAGGCAUGAGGAAGUCCUGGCAUGAGGACAUCACACAGGACCUCCGGAACCACCUUGUCCACAAACUUGUACAGGCCAUCUUCCCCACUCCCGACCCAGCUGCACUGAAGGACCGGCGGAUGGAAAAUCUGGUGGCUUACGCUCGAAAAGUAGAGGGUGACAUGUACGAGUCAGCUAACAGUAGGGCGGAGUACUACCACUUGCUGGCAGAGAAGAUCUACAAGAUCCAAAAAGAGCUGGAGGAGAAGAGGAAGACGAGGCUCCAGAAGCAGGGCAUGAUGCCCGGCCAAGCUGGACUAGGCUCCCCAGGCCUCCCACAGGGGCCUCCAAGCAUGGGACAGCCGCCCAUGAUGCCGGGGCAAUCCCCAAAUGGUCCUCACAUCGAUCCGUCCAUGGUCCGACCAACCGGACCAAAUCAGAUGGUCAGCAGGAUGCAGAACCCAACAGGAAUGAACCAGUUUGGGCAGAUGGGGAUGCAGUCGAUGGGUCAGAGGUCGACCCCACCUCUUGGUUCUCCAAUGAACCAGAUGGGUAUGGGUGCAGCAAGAAUGGGUCAGCCCAAUGCCACACAGUUACAGAACCAAUACCUCCCCCAAGGCCAGUUCCCCGGGUCCAGUCCUGGACACGGUUCUGGUCCUAGUGGCAUGAACCAGCCUGGGCCACAGACUACAGUGCCACAGCAGAACCAGAUGUCAACGCCGCCUUCACUCCCAGUCAGUAGUCCUGCACCACAGUCUGCCUCUUCUGCUCCGGGCUCUGGAACCCCUGGAGGCUCCAUGGGGCCUGGUAGUGCCACCGGUGCUGGGUCUCUACCCAACUUGCCUCAAUCCUCCACCCCCACCCAGACCAACUCCUACCCGCACUGCCCGUCCAUCCGAACAAACUCGCCAUCACCAGCUCGCAGCUUAACGCCUCAACCUCAUCAAACACCCCCCACGUUACCUGGUUCUCAAACCCCGCAGCCACACACUCCGAGCACACCUCAGCUACCACCGCAGCAGCAGCAGCAGCAGCAGCAGCAGCAGCAGCAGCAGCAGCAGCAGCAGCAGCAGCAGCAGCAGCAGCAGCAGCAACAACAACAACAACAACAGCAACAAACUUUACAGCAGCAGCAGCCGCCAUCAGCACAGUCAGUGAAUUCUGAGAAGGCCGGUCAGCAUCCACAGAAGACACUUGGGGGUGUGGCUUCCUCAGGCCCCCAAGCGGGUCAGCCUUCUUCAGUGCCCAACCAGAAUACUCAUGUGCCACCACAGCUGCCCAGGACCCCACUAUCUGCGAAGCCUUCUCUGACAGGAGAUUGUCAGGUAUCGUCCCCAGCCUCGGUCAACAGCAGCACUGAUGCCAGCUCCCAGCCAGCUCCAUCAGAUGGCCCUGCUGCCAGCCAGGAAGACGUUAAAAUGGAGGUGAAGAAGCAGGAGGAAGAAGAAGAUGAAGGGACUGACUCGCAAGGAGAGGGCAAAGGGAAGAUGGGAAAGGGUCAGGCUGACGUGAAGAAAGAGGAGAAACCUGAAAUAAAGAAAGAGAAGCUCUCGUCAGAUGGGUGUAAAGGCGAGCCCAUGGAAACAUCUUCGUUCUCCACGUCGUCGUCGGUAACAACGGGUGAAGACAAGAAGCCGGAGGUGAAGAAAGAGCCCAAAGAGGAAGAUGAGGGGUCAGCGUCCAGUACCAGCUCCCCAGCCAGCUCCCAGUGCAAGAAGAAGAUCUUUAAGCCGGAGGAGCUGCGUCAGGCUCUGAUGCCCACGCUGGAAGCUUUGUACCGGCAGGACCCUGAGUCCUUGCCCUUCCGUCAGCCGGUGGACCCCCAGUUACUGGGAAUACCCGACUACUUUGAUAUUGUGAAGAACCCCAUGGACCUGUCGACCAUCAAGAGGAAGCUGGACACGGGACAGUACCAGGAGCCGUGGCAGUAUGUCGACGAUAUCUGGCUGAUGUUCAACAACGCCUGGCUCUACAACCGCAAGACGUCACGUGUAUACAAGUACUGCUCCAAGCUGGCUGAGGUGUUUGAGUCGGAGAUCGACCCGGUCAUGCAGGGCCUGGGAUACUGUUGUGGGAGGAAGUUUGAGUUUUCCCCUCAAACUCUAUGCUGCUACGGAAAACAAUUAUGCACCAUCCAACGUGAUGCUGCGUACUUUAGCUACCAGAACAGGUACCACUUCUGUGAGAAGUGUUUCAAUGAAAUCCAGGGUGAGACCGUUUCCCUUGGGGACGACCCCUCUCAGCCUCAGACGUUGAAAUUUAAGCCUUUAAAUACUGAGAACUUUUUUGGAGUCUUAAAAGACAGAAGAAACAUUAAAGCAGAGCGGCAGAUGUCUAUCAACAAAGAACAGUUCCAACGAAAGAAGAAUGACACACUUGAUCCCGAGUUGCUUGUGGAAUGUAUUGACUGCGGUCGUAAAAUGCACCAGAUCUGUGUCCUGCAUCAUGACACCAUAUGGCCUUUAGGCUUCACAUGUGACAGCUGCCUCAAAAAGGCAAACAAGACACGGAAAGAGAACAAAUACGCAGCUAGAAGACUUCCGCAGACCAAGCUGGGGGGUUAUUUGGAGUCGCGCGUGAACGACUACCUCAAGCGACACGGCCAACCCGAAUCUGGUGAUAUCACCAUCCGAGUCGUCCACGUCUCGGACAAGGUGGUGGAGGUCAAGCCAGGCAUGAAGUCCAGGUUUGUGGACAGUGGAGAAAUGUCGGAGUCCUUCCCCUACAGGAUGAAAGCCUUGUUUGCAUUUGAGGACAUCGACGGAGCAGAUGUGUGUUUUUUCGGCAUGCACGUCCAAGAGUACGGCUCCGACUGCCCGCCUCCCAAUCAGAGACGAGUGUACAUCUCUUACCUGGACAGCGUGCACUUCUUCAAACCUCGACACCUCAGAACGGCUGUCUACCAUGAGAUCCUGCUGGGCUACCUGGAAUAUGUCAAGAGGCAGGGGUAUACAACGGGUCAUAUCUGGGCCUGUCCACCAAGUGAAGGGGACGAUUACAUCUUUCACUGCCAUCCAAUGGACCAGAAGAUCCCCAAGCCAAAACGCCUGCAGGAGUGGUACAGGAAGAUGCUGGACAAGGCCGUGGCUGAGCGCAUUGUCCAUGAUUACAAGGAUGUGUUCAAGCAAGCAACAGAGGACCGGCUGACCAGCGCCAAGGAGCUGCCAUAUUUUGAGGGCGACUUCUGGCCCAACGUGCUGGAGGAGAGCAUCAAGGAGCUGGAGCAGGAGGAAGAGGAGAGGAAGCGAGAGGAGAACAGUACCUCCAAUGAGAGCAUAGAUGCCACAAAAGGAGACAGCAAGAAUGCCAAAAAGAAGAACAAUAAAAAGACGAGCAAGAACAAGAGCAGCUUGAGCCGAGCCAACAAGAAGAAACCGGGGAUGCCCAACGUUUCCAACGACCUUUCUCAGAAACUCUACGCUUGCAUGGAGAAACAUAAGGAGGUCUUCUUUGUCAUCCGCCUCAUUGCCGGACCCACAGCCAACUCGCUGCCCGCCAUCACUGACGUGGACCCGCUGAUGGCCUGUGACCUGAUGGACGGCCGCGACGCCUUCCUGACUCUGGCCAGGGACAAGCACCUGGAGUUCAGCUCUCUGAGGAGGUCCCUGUGGAGCUCCAUGUGUAUGUUGGUGGAGCUGCACAACCAGAGCCAGGACCGCUUCGUUUACACUUGCAAUGAGUGUAAACAUCACGUGGAAACACGCUACCACUGCACCGUCUGCGAGGACUAUGACUUGUGCAUCACCUGCUACAACAUUAAAGGUCAUGAACACAAGAUGGACAAACUGGGUCUGGGGCUGGACGACGACAGCAACAACGCGUCGGCAGCAGCUACUCAGAGCCCUGGAGACUCCCGUCGUCUCAGCAUCCAGCGAUGCAUCCAGUCGCUGGUCCACGCGUGCCAGUGCCGCAACGCCAACUGCUCGCUGCCGUCCUGCCAGAAGAUGAAGCGCGUUGUUCAGCACACAAAAGGCUGCAAGCGCAAGACAAAUGGUGGCUGCCCCAUCUGCAAGCAGCUCAUUGCUCUGUGCUGCUACCAUGCUAAACACUGUCAAGAGAACAAAUGUCCAGUCCCGUUCUGUCUGAACAUCAAGCAAAAGCUGCGGCAGCAGCAGCUACAGCACAGGCUCCAGCAGGCGCAAAUGUUACGGAGAAGAAUGGCCAGCAUGCAGAGGGUGGGGCAGGCCGCUGUUGGGCCACCCGGAGGGCCUGGGGUCGGACAUGCAUCGCCAGGGAACAAUGGUACCACAGCACCAAGUACCCCAACGUCUGUAGGAACCCAGCCCCCAACCCCCCAGACACCAACUCAGACCAUGCCUCCAGGCCCCCAGCAGGGAAUGGGUCCAGGACCUGGAGUCCAGCAGCAGCAGCAGCAGCAGCAACAGCAGCAAGGUGGGAUGCCCUCACAAGGUGGCAUGCCUCCUCAGCACCCCCAUCACCAGUUUCAGCAGAUGACAGGUGGAGGUGGGGCUGGCGGGAUAAUGAGUUCUCCCCAACACCACCAGCAGCAGCUGCAACAACAACAGCAGCAGCAGCAGAUGCAGCAGCAGCAGCAGCUGCAACAGCAGCAGCAGCUUCAACAGCAGCAGCAGAUGCAGCAGCAGAUGCAGCAGCAACAUCAUCAACAACAACAACAGCAGCAGCAGCAGCAGCAGCAACAACAGCAGCAGCAGCAGCAACAACAACAACAGCAGCAGCAGCAACAACAGCAACAGCAGCAGCAGCACGGUGGAGCAGGGACCAACCCUCAACAACUCCAACAGCACCCGAACAAUUUGCCUCCAUAUGCCAGCAGACCUCCAGGCUCCUCCCCAAUCCACCAGUCCCAGGGCAAACCAGUUCUUGGGUCUGCAACACCUCCCCAGCUGCAGCCUGGUGGAAGUGUUGGGGGCCAACAACCUCCUAACCAGGCCCAGCCUCCCCUCUCGCAGCAGCAACAGCAACAGCAGCAGCAGCAUCCUUCUGGCCCUCCACAGGCAGCAGUAGAAAUCGCAAUGAAGAUACAACAGGUAGCUGAUGCUCAGAGAAAGAUGGCUCUGCAACGACAAGCCGCCCAGGCAGCUGCAGGCUUGAUGCCUCCUCACCCGCACCAUCCACAGGGUCAAGGUCAACAGAUGAGCAUUGGACACCCAGGGGCAGUGGGGAUGGGUGGACCUCAGGGCAUGCCACAACAGUCGGCAGCAGCGGCAGCUGCUCGUGCCCACAUGGAGCAGCAGCAAAGCGCUCAACCGGGCAUGAUGGUUGGUGCUGGGGGGCCCAUGCAGCAAAGCCCUCAACAGGGAAACCUUCCCCAAGGCCCGCUCCCCCCUCAAGUGCAGCUUCAGCAGCAGAGGAUGGGUGCACCGCUUCAAAACCCGCAGCAGCAGUGGGCAGGCCAGGGGAUGCCACCCCAGCAAAGACAAGCUAUGAUGAACCAAAUGGGCCAUCCAGCCAUGAUGGCAGCUCAGCAGCAGCAACUUCAACAACAGCAGCAGCAGCAGCAGCAGCAACAGCAGCAGCAGCAGCAACAACAGCAGCAACAACAGCAGCAACAACAACAACAACAACAGCAGCAGCAGCAACACCAAGCUCAGGGCCAUGCUGCCUUGAUAAACAUGGCACAGCAGCAAGGUGCUGGUGUCCCAGGGGGGGCCGUCCCUGGAGCUGCUGGUGUCCAAGGAGCUAUAGCUGCUGGUGGGAACAUCCCCCAGGCCGCUCUCCAAGACCUGCUACGGACUCUCCGCUCGCCCAGCUCACCGAUCCAGCAGCAGCAGGUCCUCAACAUCUUGAGGUCUAAUCCACAGCUCAUGGCUGCUUUUAUUAAGCAGAGGGCUUCGAAAUACAAGGGGGGGCCGGGGGGUCCAGGUGGACCAGGUGGACCAGGUGGCAUCCUGGGAGGUCCUGGUCCCACAGGAGGUCCUGGUGGUAAUGCCAUGGCUGGAGGGGGACCACAGGUGAACAUGAAUUCUGCAGGUCCCGGGCAGCCUGGGAUGCACAUGGCGGGUCAGGGAGGGACGAAUGUCAACAUGGCCACCAUGGCCCAGCUACAGCAGCAGCAACAGCUGCAACAGCAGCAGCAGCAACAGCAGCAACAGCAGCUUCAGCAGCAGCAGUUACAACAGUUACAACAGCAACAACAGUUACAACAGCAACAACAGCUGCAACAGCAACAACAAUUACAACAGCAGCAACAGUUACAACAGCAGCAGCAGAGGCCAAUGCUCAGUAGUUUACAGCAACAACAAGUGGCAGCUCUCCAGCAGCAACAACAACAACAACAACAACAACAACAACAACAGCAACAACAGCAGCAGCAGCAGCAGCAAGGGGGAGGAAGGCCUAUCCAAGGCCAGGGGUCACCAAUGGGAAAUCUCAACACUACCCAGUUUAGAGAGAUGCUCAUGAGGCGGCAUCUCCAGCAGCAGCAGCAACAGCAGCAGCAGCAGCAACAACAAAUGGGAGUAAAUCAUGGUCAGUUCCAGCAGCCUCAGCCACCACAGGGGCAAAGCUACAUGGGACAGCCCGGGAUGCAGCCUCCAACAGGGCAGGGCCAGCCUGGGGGUCCUCCUCACGGCCCCCAGCAGCCUGGUGGUCCCCCGGGCCAGCAGGGGCAAGGCUACCCAGGAUCGGUUGCCCAGCAACAAGCUUCAGCGGCUCUGCAGCAUCGGAUCCAGCACCAGCACAACCUCCAGAUGCAGCAGCAGAAUGCCAUGGCUGGUCUGCCAGGGGGUGAUGCAGGGCCAGGUGUGGGGGGUCCUCAGCAGCCAUCUCAAGGCCCUCAGCCCAGUCAAGGUGGUCCCCAGCCUCCAUCUUCUCAAGCCCUGCUACAACAGGCCCUCCACCAGAGAUUGCUCCAGCAGCAGCAGCAGCAGCAGCAGCAGCACCUGGGCCCCGGCGGGUCACCGGCCCAGCACAGCAACCCCAUGAGCCCCCAGCAGCCGCAGCAGAUGGCCCAGUCCCCCCACCUGCAGGGCCAGUCGCAUCCCGCAUCGCUGGCCAACCAGGUGCGAUCUCCACAGCCCUCCCCCCGACCGCAGUCGCAGCCGCCGCACUCCAGCCCGUCCCCGCGCAUGCAGCCCCAGCCCUCCCCCCACCACAUCUCCCCUCAGAUGCAGACGGGCUCACCACACCCAGGCCAUCUGAACCAGCACCACCCAGGCAUGGGGGUCCCUCCACAACAACAGCCAACCACCCAACAGCAGCAACAGAACUCUAUGGACCAGUUUGGGUCGGACCAGAGCGCCAUGUUAUCUCAGCUGAGUGGCAUGGCCAAUCUCCACGGACCAGGGGGGAACAGUCAGGACCCGCUAGGCCAGAAUAUGAAUCACAACCCUUUAGACAUCAUGUAGGAAUUCUACUAACGUGUCAUGUUGAGCUGAAACGCUCCGUGAUUCUUCGCACAAACUGCACUCACCCAGGACAGUGUUAUUGUUAUUACUUAGCCUUUCUUUUUUAUACUAUUAUUAAAUGUUAUUUAAAAUGUUUUCAAUAAAGAUGCAUUGAACUGAA